AUGGCUUCUCUUCCCCUUCUCACCACCAAUGCCAUCUCUUCAUCAGCUUCUUCUUUAACCACCACACCUCUUUCCAAUUUGCAUUCUUCUCCUUUCUUUACAAAGACAUCAAAAGUUUCCACUAUAGAUAAGUGCAGUAACUAUCGUUUCCAAGUUUCAUGCAAGGGUACAGAAGAUGACCAAACCAUCAACANAUGUGCAGCACCAGUCAACUGUUGUCCUCCGACAACGGCGAACAUCAUCGACUUCCAACUUCCACCACCGUCAACCACCCUCCGUACACGGCCAGCAGCUCAUUCCGCCGAUAGUGCCUAUAUAGAGAAAUUCAACAGAGCUAUUCAGCUCAUGAAACAACUUCCAGAUAACGAUCCACGUAGCUUCAAGCAACAAGCAAAUGUUCAUUGUGCUUACUGUGAUGGAGCUUAUGAACAACUAGGUUUCCCAAGUUCUGAACUCCAAGUUCAUUCCUCUUGGCUUUUCUUCCCUUUCCAUCGUUGUUAUCUCUACUUCUUCGAAAAAAUCUUGGGAAGUUUAAUAAAUGACCCUACUUUCGCUAUCCCAUUUUGGAACUGGGAUCAUCCUGAUGGCAUGAGACUUCCGGCCAUGUAUGCGAACCGUAGUUCUUCUCUCUUCGAUCCUCUCCGUGAUCAGAAGCAUCAGCCUCCGGUCAUUGUUGAUCUCGACUUCAAUGGAGCGGAUCCUAACAUAAGUAACGCUCAACAAACUUCCCAGAAUCUGACAAUCAUGUAUAGGCAAAUGGUCUCUCUAGGAAGUACUCCGGCAGCUUUCCUCGGAGACCCUUACCGUGCCGGUGGCGAACCGGGUGGUGCUGGGUCCCUCGAGAACAUUCCACAUGGAACGGUCCAUGUUUGGACCGGUGAUAGAACCCAACCUAAUUUUGAAAAUAUGGGAGUUUUUUAUGCAGCUGGUAGAGACCCUAUUUUCUAUGCUCAUCAUUCUAAUAUUGAUAGAUUGUGGAGUGUUUGGAAAACCCUAGGUGGAAGACGUCAAGAUUUUACUGACCCUGAUUUCUUAAAUUCUUCGUUUUUGUUUUACGAUGAGAAAGCACAAAUGGUACGUAUUAGGGUACGUGACUGUUUGGAUACAACAAGACUUGGAUACGUUUAUCAAGGUGUAGUUAAUCCGUGGAUAAAUUCUCGUCCAAGGGCUAGGGUUUCAAGUGCUUUGAGUAGCGUAAGGAGGCUUGCUGAAGCAAAAGAUUAUUUCCCAACAAAACUUGACCAUGUGAUAAGAGUAAUGGUGAAAAGGCCAAAUAAUAAAAAGAGAAACAAGGAGGAGAAAGAUGCAAAAGAGGAGUUUUUAGUGGUUGAAGGGAUAGAGCUGGAAACUGAUGUUUUUGUCAAGUUUGAUGUGUUGAUUAAUGAUGAAGAUGAGACUGUAAUUUCGCCGAAUAAUGCUGAGUUUGCAGGUAGUUUUGUGAACGUGCCACAUCAUAGUCAUGGUAAGAGUGACGAGAAACGUAAGACUAAGUUGAAGUUGGCUAUAACUGAGCUGCUGGAAGAUUUAGAUGCUGAGGAUGAUGAUCAUGUGGUGGUGACUUUUGUUCCAAAGAAUGGUUCUGGUGCUGUGAAAAUUGGAGGUGUCAAGAUUGUGCUUGAGGAUUGAUUGCUAACCGGGUGCAGUAAGUUCCCGCUAUGUGCGAGGUCCGAGGAGGUAUUUCACAAAUUAAAGGUCUAUUAUAGGGAACAUUAUCAUGCAUUUCAGCAUUCCCCCUAUGCUUGUGGAUUGAUUAUGACUAGAAAAAUAAAAGAGUUUUAAAUAGUUUCCUCAAUGAAUUAAGCAUUUUAAGUUUCUUCAUAUUGUAAGUGUGUUUGA